ACUAAAGUCAUAACACGUCAUUUCAUUUGAGAAUAAAGAAAAUAUUAUAAAAAUUAGAUUUUUCGUAAGAAUUUAUUUCCCUUUAAUAAAUUUUGUAUAAUAAAUAGUGAUAAUAACAUAAGUGUGUUUGUUUUAGUAUAUAAAAUAAAAAUGUCUGAAGAUGAAGUUGAAAAGUGGUCUAGAGACGGGCAUAAUAAAGAGCUGCCUGUGUCACCGAGUUGUUCCAGUUUCGAGGUGUUGGACCCUCAUGACCCUGUCCUCAGCAGACUCGCCACUCAGCUGUUCAAGAAAACUAAUGAUUACUUGCAAGGAGAAAUGUCUGCGAGCCAGGAUCACUACAGCACAUUGGAGGAGAUCAACCGGUUGACAAUCAUCAAGUAUGCCGAUCUCAGGAACCUGGCGGCCAACCUGAACAAGACACUCAGUGAAUACAACGAAAUGUAUAAUACAGUCAUAAAGCCGCUGUUACAGCAAAUUGACCAGAUAGAUGCUCAAGUAUCCAAGUUCGAAGUUAAUGCUUACAGGCUUGACGCAUACACCAAACAAUUGAAAGCUAGGUUUAAGGAACUUGAGGAGAAAUAAGUAAUAAUCCUAAGAUAUAUUCAAAUGUUUUAUACAUAGAACAAAACUAUGCCAAUUCACUUCAGAGGAUUAAGUCAGCAUCAAAAUAGUAAGUACUUAUAUGUUUUAAAAUUUCAUUGUAAAGGUCUUAGCACACCAAAAGCGAGUUAAGAGCAGCGCAGUUUGAAAGCUGUAAAUACAACAAACUAUGUGACGUUUAGGUAAAACAGGUAGUGUGAUGAGAGAUAAUCUAUACUAAUAUUGUGAAGCUGAAGAGUUUGUUUGUUUGAACGCGCUAAUCUCGGGAACUAGAGGUUCGAAUUGAAAAAUUAUUUUUAAACGGUUUUAUUUAGCUCACCCCGUUUGUUUUAUUCUUGGGUCAAAUUUAGUAAUUCAAAUUUCACCCUCUUCCUGUCAACCGAUUAAUCUGAAAUUUUGUAUACACUUUGGAUUUUGGUGACAAUAUAAUUAUGUUUAUUCAUUAUCAUUAUAAAUUCAAGAUGGCCGCCGUUACAAAAUGGCGGAUAAUUUAGGUUUCAUUAAUCCCAUCAAUAUGGGUAUCAAAUGAAAGGGCUCAACAAGCAGAAUACAAUAUACUAUAAAAAAUUGAAAUCCAAGAUGGCGGCCUCUACAAAAUGGCGGAUAACUUAGGUUUUAUCAAUCCCAUCAACAUGGGUAUCAAAUGAAAGGUCUCAACAAGUAGAAUACAAUUUACUAUUCAAAAUUAAAAUCUAAGCAGUGGGAUAAAAUGUGAAUUAAACAGAAUGCGAAAUAAAAACUAAAAACUAGAAAAUAAAAAUAGGUAAAAAAACUUUUUAAGUUAAACGGUUUUAUGUUAAACAUACAUUGCAAUGUUUAAUAUAAAUGUACUAAAAACCAAAAAAUAAUAAAAUAGAUACAGUCGUGGGAAUUAUAAACAUAUGCAUAGACUAGACUAAAAUAAAACCGUGGGGCACGUCAAUUGUCUACAAAUUAUAGACUUAAUGUGCGAUAGAAGAAUCGUUUAAUUCGUCGUUAGGCAGUUGGCCCGCAGACGGUGCGCAAAUUACUUACUAUUUUGCUGGCUAGCGAGGAAUCGUUUCACUGCUCGUAGUUUGUCUUUAAUCGACAAAACUUAUGAUAAAAGUACUACUCGCUCAACAUUAUGAAACCCUAAAACUCGCUUAAUCGAGCUUGCUAACUUGUUUCCACAUUCUAGCCCUACUUAUCACACGUCCAUCGUUGUCGGUUGAACAACUGCCUAAUUUUAGUGUAACAUUACAAAACAAACAUUUUAAUCAACGAUUGUAGACAAUUGACGUGCCCCACGGUUUUAUUUUAGUCUAGUCUAUGCAUAUGUUUAUAAUUCCCACGACUGUAUCUAUUUUAUUAUUUUUUGGUUUUUAGUACAUUUAUAUUAAACAUUGCAAUGUAUGUUUAACAUAAAACCGUUUAACUUAAAAAGUUUUUUUACCUAUUUUUAUUGUGAUAAUUACAUUAUCGAGGAAGGCUUUAGGCUAUAUAACAUCACGCUGCAACUGUUAGGAGCGAAGAAAUAAUGGAAAAUGUAAAAAACAAUUAUUCAUUCUUGAGGGCUUCAAUGAUGCCCAAAAUAACUUUUCCACGCGGGCGAAGUCGCGGGCACAGCUAGUUAAAAAUAAAUAGAAUAACUACAACCUUUAUUAUGACUAGUUUCACAAUGUUUAAGAGGGCGUGGGUUUAGCUACAGAUGCGAGAUCCAGCAGGUAGCCGUCUGAGGAUAGCGAGCUACUUCACUUGUAGAGCGAUGUUGUAGUCCAAAAUCUGAAGGUAGCUGUAGGGCUCCCGGGCUUUAAAGAGAAGCAGGGGAGACUAAAGCGGCACAAUGUUACAACUAUUUAAAGUCUUCACACAUCGACGCGGCUAUAGAGUUUAAUUCGAUGUGACGGGUUCAAAGACUUUAUUGUAUUGCAACAUUGUGUAGGUCCACUUUCUACUGUGCUGUACCUGACCUGCUUUUGUUGUGUACAGGCCUUAAGAUAAACUAUUUAAAAACUAAGUAAAUAAUUUAAUGGUUUAAUCUAACAAUGCACAAGCGUAUUAUAAUGAAAAUAUAUGUUUACUAUUUUAUUUUAUUUACUAAAAUAAUUUGGAGAAAAUUGGUUUUAAAAAGAAUUGAACAUACACUCUAGUUUUGUCUUUUUUUUAAAGAAUUGGUACGUUUGAUAUUGUUCGAUAUUAUAUAUAGUUAUUUAUACAUACCAUCACGCUUGUUUCCUACUUGGGUAGGCAGCGACUAUAUACAUAUAUAAUUUGUCAAAUUUAACUUUAGAGGUUAUAUUUAAGGUGAACCAUAGUAUAAUAAAUUGAAAUGGUGCAAUACAAAUUUAGAUUCACCAUAGAUAUGAUAAAGCAACAUAAUAAUGCAAUAUUUUAUUGUAAACAAAAUUAAUUAUAGAUACUUAGUUUUGGUACAAUAAAUAAAUAAUAUAGGUACUUUUAGUAUCAUAAAUCCGAAAAUCUGCCUAUUUUUAUGGCUAAACCGCUGUACCUUAAAAA